AUGAGUGUCCGGAACCCAUCCAGACUCCUGGACCUGGCAGGAAAGCACCUGCUGAGGGAUGAUGCUUUGGCCUUUUCUGUUCUGGAGGAUCUGCCCACAGAGCUCUUCCCACCCCUCUUCAUGGAGGCAUUCCACGGGAGACACAUCAAGACCCUGAAGGCCAUGGUGCAAGCCUGGCCCUUUGUCCGCCUGCCUCUGGGGGGCUUGAUUGACAUGCCUCAUGUGGGGCCUUUACAAGCAGUGCUGGAAGCACUUGACGGUUUGCUGGCCCAGAAGGUUCGUUCCAGGAGGUGCAAACUGCGGCUGCUAGAUUUACGGAAUACUGGCCAGAACUUCUGGAGCAUGUGGUCUGGAGCCAGCAGUUAUGAGUGCUCAAGCUCAGGAAUGGCACCAGUGGCUGAGCAGGGCUCAAUGACAAAGCAGCACUUGGCUCCACUAAAGAUUUUUAUAGACCUUUGCCUAAAGAAAAGGACCCUAGAUAACUUUCUCACCUACCUUCUUAGGUGGGUGGAGCAGAGAAAAGCCUCUGUGCAUCUCUGCUGUAAGAAGCUGAAGAUCUCUGCAAUGCCAAUGGACAAUAUUGUGAAGGUCCUGAGCAUGGUGCAGCUGGACUGUAUCCAGGAGGUGCAAGUGAAUUGGAUUUGGCAUCUGUCCACCCUGGCCACAUUUGCCUCUCUCCUGGGAAAGAUGAGUAACUUGCAGAGACUCCGUCUCUCCCCCAUCCACCUGUCUGCCUUCACAGAGCAGGAACAGGAUCACCUUGCCCAAAUCACCUCUCAGUUCCUGAGGCUCGGUCACCUCCAGGAUCUGCAUCUGGACUAUCCCUCCUUCCUUGAAGGCUGCCUAGACCAGAUGCUCAGGUGCCUGAAGUCCCCCUUGGACAACCUGUCAAUAACCAACUGCUGGCUUACAGAAUCAGACUUGACCCACCUGUCCCAGAGCCCAAACAUCAGUCAGCUAAAGGGCCUAGAUCUGAGUGGUGUCACCAUGACUGACUUUAAUCCUGGGCUCCUCCGCGUUCUGCUGGAGAAAGUUGAAGCCACCCUCCAGGAAUUGGACUUAGAUCUGUGUGGGAUCAAGGACUCCCAGCUAGAGGCCAUCUUGCCUGCCCUGAGCCGCUGCUCCCGGCUCAGGUACUUAAGCCUGUGUGAGAACUUUCUGUCCAUGGCUAUUAUGGAGAAGCUGCUGCGACACACCACUGGACUGCCCUGCUUAACGCAAGAGCAUUAUCCUGCCCCUCAGGAGAGUUACAGAUCUCAGGGUGUUCUCCUGGAAGCGAGACUUGCCCAGGUUCGGGCUCAGCUGUUGGAGAUUCUGAGAGACUUGGGAUGUCCCAGGGUCAUCUGGAUUAGUCCCAGCCCCUGUCUUCACUGUGGUGAGAACAUAUGCUAUCAUCUGGAGCCCAUUAUAUACAGCUGUACUGCCCCUGCCUAG